CUUUAGCACCCGUCGUGUGUGGGUGGUGGGUUGAAGAAAUGGGGAAGGAUAAGUCAAUUGCGCGGGAGUCAAGAGCAAAGUGAGUGGGCAGAGUGAAUGAAGAAUGUUUAUUGUUGAUUAUAUAUUUCAAUCACACUAGUUUUUCUUAAUUUAAUCUGCCCUACGUGCAGCAAUGGAAACUCCGGUUAGAAAGGUGGUAAUUCUGCAACAUGGGAGUGGGAAGCGGUUUAUCAAAAUGCAUCCGGAUCAAAUGAGGAGUGUUGUCUCGCUUCCUCAGUCACAGUCUUUUUAUCAACCAAAUUUUUCUCAACCAUUACAAUUAUCGCAGCCAUCCCAAUCGUCUCCAUCCUCAAGCCAUCAACCUCAGCCAUCACAAUCACCCAAAAUGUCUUUUGAUUCUGCGCACCAGGUAUUUGCAAUCUCACCAGCAGGAGCUGAUAGCACGCACAAAUUUACAACACAUUCAACAGACCCAAACAAUCUAAGCUACCAGCCGCAGUCAAGUCUGAGAAGGCAGACUAGAAAGCUCAUGAGGUCAGUUAUUUGAUAGAGUUAGGUGGCCCUGUCUUUGCACAACAAAAUAAAAUUUCUAACGCUUCCUGGCAAGAUAUUACUAAAGAUUUAAAUCAACGAUGCCAGAGCUCAUACACUUAUACUCAGUGUCGUGACAAGUUUCUCGCUGUGAACGGUGCAAGA